AUGAAUACUGUACAAGAGGAAGAAAAUCAAAUUCAAGUUCGUUUCAUUACACAUCAAAAAGAAUAUGCUAUUACGGAUUCUGCUAUACUUGUUCCAACAAAAUUACGUCGUUAUGGUCUAUCCGAAAUAAUCAAUCAUCUUUUAGGCUUUGAGAAGCCAGUCCCUUUCGAUUUUAUGAUAGAUAGUCAGUUUUUGAGAACAAGUUUAGAUGAAUAUUUACAGUCAAAAGAAUUAUCAACAGAAAAUAUUCUUACCAUUAAAUAUGUCGAGUCAAUGCUUCCUCCAACUUCAUUAGCAACCUUUCAACAUGAUGAUUGGAUAAGUUCUGUUAAAGCACCAAUUAAGAGUGUAGCGUGGGUUUCUGUCACAGAUGAAGAUGUUAUCUGUUUAUCUGCAUCACAGGAUCGUUCCAUUCGAGCUUGGCAGGUCUCACUUACAAAUGGGCAAUAUACCCCAUUGUAUGAUUGUAAAGGACAUAAAGAAAGUGUAGAAUGUAUUUCUAUUAAUUCUUCUUGCACUGAGGCUCCAAUCGCGAUUAUGCGAGGUCACAUAGGUCCAAUAUCCUCCGUGGAAUUUGACAAAAAAGAUUCAAAUAAACUGUAUAGUGGAGGUUGGGAUCAUUCGGUACGAGUUUGGGAUGUUGAAACAAGAACAAAUGUUGAUACUAAGAUUUGUGACAAAACUGUUCUGGAUAUCGCCUGUUCAGACAAUUUAAUUGCAUCCGGACAUUCUGAUAAAAUAGUCCGAAUAUGGGAUCCACGAGCAGAAGAUGCGACAGUGGUCAAAUUGAUGCUUUCUUCGCAUAAAAACUGGGCAUCAUGUGUAUCUUGGUCAUCAAAAUCCCAGUUUAUGCUUGCCAGUGGGUCUUAUGAUGGUUCAGUGAAGAUCUGGGAUAUUCGUAGCAAGUCACCUUUAUAUACAAUUCAACAAAAUUCAAAUUCACAAGAAACAAAUUUUUCAGCCAAAAAAUUAUUUUGUAUUGAUUGGAAUAUUGAUAUAAUUUUAAGUGGUGGAGAAGAUAAUCAAUUACACCUUUAUGAAACUAACAAGUUAGAUAUGCAAACUUGA